CAGAAGGUCCAGUUUUUGCUCGCUGAAGCAGAAAAGUCUUGAGUUCUCUUCCCGCGUAAAUGGGAGCUUCCCUGGAACUUGGAUUACGCAGAGGAUUCUAAUUUCUUCAAAACUUUGUUUUCAGGUAGUUUCCCCCAGGAACCAUUUGCCUCCAGAGGAUCAACGGAAUUUGAUCUGAAGGCUGGCCAUGACAACUCAAGCUCAAAGUUUGACUUUCCGUUCUGAUGAUAAUUGUCAGUCGAGCUUCCGUGGGAAGCUUCUGACUAUUGAUUCAAAACUGGAGAUCCAAGAUGUGGAGGGCUUGAAGUUUCUCUGCCGAGACUUCGUCUCCCACAAGAAGCUGGAGAGGUCCAACUCAGCCUCAGAUAUUUUUGAUCAUCUGUUGGCCGAGGAGCUGCUGAGUGAGGAGGACCCCUUCUUCCUAGCGGAACUCCUCUAUAUAAUCAAGCAAAAUUCGCUGCUGCGGUACCUCAAUCAAAGCAAAGAGCAAGUGGAGAGUUUGCUGCCAACUCGAAGGAGGGUCUCUCUGUUCAGAAACCUGCUCUAUGAACUGUCAGAAAGCAUUGGCUCAGAGAACUUAAAGGACAUGAUCUUCCUUCAGAGGGAUUCGAUGCCCAAAACCCAACUGACCCCUCUAAGUUUCCUGGCAUAUUUGGAGAAACAAGCUCUAAUAGAUGAGGAUAAUCUGGGGUUACUGGAGGAUCUCUGUAGAAAAGUUGUACCUAACCUUAUAAGAAAGAUUGAAAGAUACAAAAGAGAGAAAGCCUCCGAGGUAGCAACACCUCCUGUAGACACGGAAACGGAGUCAUUGCAUCAAAAAGAGGAAGAACUAUUUUCCCCUUCAGACAUUAAUCAGUUCCAUGGAGCCUUAUCGGAGGCAAAUGUGUACAGGAUGGAUCGGAAACACAGAGGCCAUUGUGUUAUUGUCAAUAACCAUACAUUUGCCAAAAUGCCAGAUAGACCGGGGACUGAUAAAGAUGCUGAGUGCUUGAGCCGUGUGUUUCAGUGGCUUGGGUUCAGUGUACAUACAUAUAAAAAUGUGACAAAAGGACAUCUGGACGAGGUUCUGCAGGAAUUUAAGUGUCAUCCAGACCAUGUUGAUGGAGAUUGCUUUGUAUUUUGUGUUUUGACCCAUGGGAAAUUUGGAGCUGUCUACUCUUCAGAUGGGACCCUUGUUCCCAUUCGGGAGAUCAUGUCUCAUUUCACAGCUCAGAAAUGCCCUGGUCUGGCUCAUAAACCCAAACUCUUUUUUAUCCAGGCCUGUCAAGGUAAAGAGAUACAAACUCCUGUAUCCAUUGAAGCAGAUGCUGUAAAUCCUGAGCAUGUAUCCUCUUCCCUUAAGGAUAGUAUUCCCGAUGAUGCAGAUUUCCUUCUUGGCCUGGCCACUGUCCCUGGCUAUGUAUCCUUUCGGCAUGUGGAGAAAGGCAGCUGGUAUAUUCAGUCUCUGUGUAAUCGUCUGAAGAGCUUGGUCCCAAGACAUGAAGAUAUCUUAUCCAUCCUCACUGCCGUCAACAAUGAUGUGAGUCAACAAGCAGACAAACAAGGAACGAUGAAACAAAUGCCCCAACCUGCGUACACACUACGGAAGAAACUAGUAUUCCCUGUGCCACAGAAAGAACUUUUAUUGUAGUAGGCAGUUUGACUCUUUGACUUGAAAGGAAGCUUGGUUCAUCAUUCCAUUCUCCCGCCCGUCAUAGGAAUCAGAGAUAGAUGGGGAGCUGGCCUCUGUCUGUCCUCCUAACAAUAGGAAAUUCCCUAUUUACUGACACAGGAAAUUCUUUUUCUUUCUUCUUUUUGACAAGUCUGAAUGUUAGAACACUAUCUUUAUUGAAGCCUUGGACUAUCGUCUUAGCUGGAGUUGUGUACCCUGAGAAAUGCAACUGGUCUUGGUUUGUGCAUCCCUGAAGUAAAGGGUGGAAGCAGGUACAUUUUAAGAUUAAUUUGAGCUCUAAGAACCACUGUUUUUAGCCUCAACUGGGCUUCAAUUUCUUUUCUACAUGAACACCCCUUGUUGUCAUUCUGUGUCUCCUCUGCACGACUUUGUUUUGGACAUUGGAUGAUGAUAGACAUCAUGCUUGGUUCAUUGACCUCUGCUCUCCCCUUCCUAAGGCUUCUCUUCUGCACAUCUGCUUAGGUGAGAAUUUGCUCUAUAUGACACGCACUUACCACUUGAGUGUAAGGGAGAUAUUCCUGCAGGAACUGUUUCUCUUGGGCCGAGAGCAUCCUUGCUCUAGGAUGACUGUAUGAAAAGAGACGCACUGAGCCACUAUGGGAGCAGAGACUUUACCACCUGAGGUUAAAUCCUGUGUCGGUCAGAACCUUUCAGAUGCCGAAGACGGAACACCCACGUCAAACCAACUAAAGCAGAGGAGGGAAUAUCUUGUUUCCUUCAUCUGAAAAGGAAACACAGAUGGGUAGUGCUGGCUGCACAUGAGGCUCGAAUCAGGAUUCAGUCUGCACCGUAUAGCACGUCUCUCUUGGCCAAGAGUUCUCUUGGUGGUUGCACUGUGCUGACAAUGGUCAACAGCCCCUGCUUGUUGCCCUAACACACUUGCUCCUCUGGCCCAAAGGAUUGAGGAGAGAGGCAGCCAGAGAGUCUGAAGCUGUUCACCGGGAAUGUUGUUCAGUCCUUAAUCAGACGGUUGUUGGGCUGUGCCUUAGAGGGUGUGGUUCGAUAUGGAAGCCUUGAUACUUUUUACAUUAAGGUUUUGAAUAUCUUUAUUUAUGUGAACUUACUAUUUUUUUCAAUUUCAAGAGGAAUUUUUUUCAGUUCCUGAAAGAGGGAGGUUGAAAGUCCUGAACUUAAAGCCUUAAUUUACAGAUGCAGAAUUUUUUUUUUUUUUUGAAAACAGGGAACUUUAGUAUAAAUAAGAGGUCCUGGGGGACAAGGAGGGUCCUGAGGGGCUUCCAUAAUUUAACACUCUUCAAAUGCACAAAAAACAGCAGGGGCAGGGUGGGGGCCAGGGCGGGGAUGGACCACCCCCACCCUGCCCACAGGAUGAGGGGCACAUUGCAGAGCUUGUGGGUGGGGAGCUUUUCCCCCAGGAGUGACCAGUCACAUGCUGGGGACAGAGAAGAGGUGAACACUGAUGUUUCAGAGGAAGGGGUCAUUGUAUUUGGCAGUGGGUGGGGACAAGGCUGAGGCCACAUGGGCCACUACAUUCCCCCGAGUGUCUGGGCCAGUCUGGAGGCAAACUGAUUUGCUGCAGUCCUCCAGACAGUUAUUGUUUACAGGAUUUUAUUUCCCACUUGAGUAAACUGGAAUGUCAGAGGAUAUAAAAGGGGUUUAGGAACAUUUCCUUGUAUCUGCUGAUGCUCGUGAAAGAUCUAGGGAAUGAAGAAAAAUAACUCUCAGUGAUGCCUGAUUUUGUAAUUAUUAAUGUGCAAGUUAAAUUAAUUUAUGGUAUAUUUGCUAUGAGAAAUAUUCAGAAGUUGUUUUUUUUUUUGUUUUUUUGUUUUUUUUUUAAAUAUAGUAGUUACAUGGAAUUGAAUGUAGUUUGACCGAGGAGAGGAGUCUAAUAUAUGUCAGGGUGAUCUUCCAAAACCAUUGUUUAUACAAAUCAAAGCUAACAGCUCAUGAUUACAGUCUUUGCCCAAUUAAAUAUCACAGAUCACCUUUGGCCAUUUCAUAGUGCUUCUCUGCAAGUGAAGGAUGACGUAGUAUAAAGCAAAGAGCAAAGAAUCUGGAGGUAGAGGCCUAGGGUUUCCUUUUUGCCUGUGACUCCCUUACUCUGAGACAUUAAAGCAAGAAGGUUGUUUCUUGAGCCUAUCUAUAAAGUAGGAAAAUAUUACCUAUUUAAGGUAAGGAUUUAAGGGAAUGUAAGAUAUAUAUCAUAAUGUAAUACACUUUUAGGUGGCAGAUGCCUCUGGCAGUAACCAAAAUGGAAAUUGUAGAGUUUGAGUUCCUUUGCAUCUAAUUCCAGCUGAAUUUUGGCCACAAAUCAAUCCUAGAAAUUCCCACUGAUGUCCUGUGAGUGAAAGGCUGCUGCUUCCCUGACUGAUCCACAGUGUUCCCAGCAGCAGCAGGCUGGCUCUUGGCUCUAAAUCCUGCUGGACAAAACAUUGCUAAGGAACCCUCCUUCAUCAGCAGCAUUUGGGGUUUGAUGUUUAAGUCCUGGUCCUGUGGUCUGUUUCACACUUCUGUUGUACGGGAAUUUGGUGCUUGUGCAAGGGUAAAUUCUAGAAUCAGGGAACUUGCCACGAGCUUUCUUUUCAGGGUUCUCCGACAAGCACUUUAAGAGUCACUGGACAUUGAUGACUAUAAGUCAUGGGCCUGGGCAGACACCAGGAGUACACCCAGCAUUCAGUCAUUUCUCUUAAAUGAAGUGUGUAAAUGUGUGUCCCGUGUGUGUGUGUGUGUGUGUGUGUGUGUAUGAAAAUUUUGAGUGAAACACAGGAGGUGGUUUGAUCACAGCUAUUUGGCGGGUGGCUACAGCCAUUGUCUGUCCAGACAUUUAUGAAAGAAAUGUGUGGGCUGAGUGAGGUUUCUAUAUAUUUUUCCUAGUUUUGCUCAACCUACAAGAGCUGUAGUUAAUUGUUUCUUUUCUGUUUUUUUUUUUUUUUUCCCCUCAAAAGUUUGGUUUCUGCCAAACAAAAUGAGGGCAUGGAAAUUUUUUAAAGCAUACUGUGCAAAUGUUAGCAGUUAUGGUGAUAUUACUGGUGGCGAUUAUUAUUAGACAUAAUAGUUACCACAGAUUCUAUUGGCCUCUGCCGCAAGGCCUUACCACGCUAGUGGGCAGUUUUGAUAUUACCAGGGUUCCUCUUAGAGCCAGUGCUCAGGUAAUGCAAACAUACAAGCAGCUGGCACAAUGUGGUUGCUGAUCAAUCAGAAUGGAGUGCUACUGAACUGCAGCCCUUUAUCAAUGAUCACAGGUCUCCACAGAGGUAGACCAAAAGAGAAGUUUACCUCAUUUUGUAGAUGACUUUUGAGCCAGAAUUGUGUCAUAACAUCUUCCAGGUCAGAUACUCUGAGUGAUUUAGUCAAGUCAACUCAAGUUGAUUUAGUCAACUCUUAACCUAGAGUUCUUGGGUCCUUGGAUACUUAUGGAUUUAUUCUCAGGGUCUGUGAGUCCUCCACCUGUAGUCUGAAAUGCUUUAGUUCUUUUUUAGUGAUAAUCUUAAACAUUCAUAGAGGUGGGCCCUCGCUCGUCUGCAUGAUCAGUUCAUAUUUGAGUACUGCCAAACAACUAUUGUGCUCCUAUCCUGGUGCCCACAAGAAGGGAUGAACUUUUUUUUUUAAAGAUUUUAUUUAUUUAUUCAUGAGAGACACACAGAGACAUAGGCAGAGGGAGAAUCAGGCUCCCUGCGGGGAGCCCAAUGUGGGACUCCAUCCCAGGAUCCUGGGAUCACGAUCUGAGCUGAAGGCAGACGGUCAACUACUGAGCCACCCAGGUGCUCCAAGAAGUGAUGACCUUUAUAUUGAACUUUUUAAUGUAGCAUGGAUUAGGGUUCAUGGCCUGAGGUCCUCAGAUCUGUUGUCAGGUACCAGUGGUUAAUCUAUUUGAAACUUGUUUCAGUCCAUCCUCUUAAGCCAUGACAGACUUCUAGUCCACCAUCACUCAAUCCUUGCUUAACUCGCCAUGGAGGGAACUCACACUCGCCAAAGGUCAUGGAUUUGGAGCUUGGAAGAACCCUAGAGAACCCAUGAUCCAGCCUUCAUAAUGUCAGCUGGCUCACUAAAGUUCAAUAGCUGUUAGUGGAGGAUUUGCAAUCCUGUAUAUCUCCUGCUUUGCAGUCUUGGCCACCUGGUUUCACUGUGAGACAGCUUUAAUUGUCCCUUUCCCUGUUGUGAUUUGAACCUGCUUAGCUCUUACUGAAACCCAUCGCCCCUCAUUCUGAACUCUGGAGCCAUACGAAACAAUUGUAGCUGUCGUCCAGGGAAGCACCUGUUGCCUGUGACAAGUUAUUUAACUUUCUUUCUGGUAGGGUCUGGCUUUCCUCAGAAGCCUGCAGUUUGCUUUUAACUAUGUGUUAAGAAUAUCACAUUUGUGGUAGCACUAAUUUGUAUCUUUAAACAGCAGCUAAAUUUCUGAAAAUGGAACCCUUUUUAAAAAGUACUAGGGGAGGGCAGCCCAGGUGGCUCAUCAGUUUAGCGCUGCCUUCAGCCCAGGGUGUGAUCCUGGAGACCCGGGAUCGAGUCCCAUGUCAGGCUCCCUGCAUGGAGCCUGCUUGUGUCUCUGCUUCUCUCUCUUUCUCUCUCUCUGUGUGUCUCUCAUGAAUAAAUAAAUAAAAUCUUUAAAAAAAGUACCAGGGAAAUUCCUUGUUUAAAGACUGAUUUGCCUAUGUAAACAACCAUUUUUUAAAAAAAGAUUUUAUUUAUUUAUUCAUGAGAGAGAGAGGCAAAGAAACAGGCAGAGGGAGAAGCAGACUCCCUGUGGGGAACCCGAUGUGGGACUCGAUCCCAGGACCCAGCAUCACGACCUGAGUCAAAGGCAGACGCUUAACUGCUGAGCCACCCAGGCGUCCGUAAACAACUAUUUUGUGAUGUAAGUUUUGCAUAUAUGAAGUUUUAAAAGAGGAUUUUUCUAUUACAAAUUUUAAAUUGUAUGAAUUUUUACUUUUUAACACUAUUUUUGUACAGGUAAUCUCUUUACAUUGCUCAAAGAGAAGAAAAUACAAAAAGGUAUUCAGAUCUUGCCUGCAUUUCUGUCCAUCAAAUGCUCAGUCGUCCCACCUCCGCACCCCAGAGAUAAUUUCAGAAUCUUUUUUUUUUUUAAAGAUUUUAUUUAUUUUUUCAUGAGAGACAGAGAGAGAGGCAGAGUCAUAGGUAGAGGGAGAAGGAGGCUCCUUGCAGGGAGCCUGAUGUGGGACUCAAUCCCAGGACCUGGGAUCAUGGCCUGAGCCAAAGGCAAACCGCUCAACCACUGAUGCCUUGGGGCAUCCCAGGUGCCCCAAGGAUUUCUUAAUACAAAUGCAAAUACAGCAAAUACAAAUUUAUAUGUGUUUUAAAGUAAGUGUUUCUUGAAACAAAGCAUGUACAUGUGAAACUUGUGUGUCUCAUUUGGUCUCAUUUUAAAUGAUUCUGGAAGAUGCCUGAAAAUUCCUGAGAAUAACUUUAUGAGCUUUGUGGACUGGGUAGUUGUAAAUAAUAGUAAUUGACCAAUAAAGGGAUUUUUUUUUCCUUUUGA